AUGUCAAACUCGCCGAUAUCGCAGAGACAUAUCGAGCAAAAAACUCCAGAACAAGAGCCCCUAGCCCUAGAUGAGAAUCUUCCGGAUGAAGAGAAGCGACGAAUUCAUGGAAUUCGAUGGUUUCUUUUGGUUACUAGCACGUUGACAGGCAAUUUCAUCUAUGCUCUGGAUAAUACCAUCGUCGCUGAUAUUGCACCGGCUAUCGUUAACCAUUUCGAUGCGGUCGAGAACUUGCCGUGGUUAUCAGUUGGGUUUAUGAUUGGUGGAGUGGCAAUGGUUCUUAUUUACGGCAAGCUAUACGCGCUAUUCGACUCGAAAUGGCUGUAUAUCACAUCCACGGUUAUCUUUAUGGCCGCUUCUGCACUCUGCGGCGCCGCUCCUACCAUCAACGCUGAGAUCGUUGGGCGCGUGUUCGCAGGUGCAGGUGGAAAUGGAAUGUACUUUGGCAUUCUAGACCUUCUAUCAACGAAUACGACCAGCCGUGAGCGUCCGCAAUACUUGAGCUUGACAGGCCUAGUCUGGGGUUUAGGAACCGUCCUGGGUCCCGUCGUUGGGGGUGGCUUUGAAAAGUAUACUUGGCGCUGGGCAUUCUACAUUAAUCUACUCUUCGGCGCCAUCCUUAUACCGACCUAUGUUUUCGUGAUUCCGUCUAAAGAUCCAGCACCGGGAGUAUCCUACCGACAAAAGCUUGCCAGUUUUGAUUGGGUUGGCAGCAUACUGAACGUUGCUGCAUUUGCGACCCUAGUGAUGGCGAUUAAUUUUGGCGGAACUCUCUAUGCGUGGAAUAGUGGCCAGAUUAUUGCGUUGUUCAUAGUGUCCGGCACGCUUUGGGUCUUAUUUGGCAUCCAGCAAGCUUUGACUAUUGCUACCUCCUUGCAGGGUCGGCUACUGCCCAUGUAUCUUUUCAGGCAGAAGGAACCGACCCUACUAUUCUGUGCUUGCGCUGCAGUAGGAAUGGUGACAUAUCCAACUGUGUACUACAUACCCAUCUACUUCCAGUUCACUCGGGGCGAUGAUGCAAUCCAAUCUGCGGUCCGGUUGCUUCCCUUUAUUUUUCUAUUGAUUGUGGCCAUUCAGUCCGGUGGCGCCUUGAUGUCUCGCUUUGGUUAUUAUAAGCCAUGGUAUUUACUCGGCAGCACAGUAGCCCUGGUCCCAGCAAUUCUGCUAGCUACUAUUAUCCAAGUCCACACAAGACCGGCCAUUCUCUACGGACUUGAAAUUGUGAUCGGACUAGGCGCCGGUUCAUACACUCAGGCAGCCUUUGCUGUGAUCCAGGCCGUCGUGGCCCCCUCUGAAGCGGCCGAUGGUCUUACUCUGAUGCUGCUCGCUCAACUCACCGGAAUGACCCUUGGACUCUCCAUCACCGGUGCCGUUUUCGUCAAUGUCGCCCAAAAUGGUCUUUUCAAGUUACUUCCCCAUCUACCCCGGGAGCAGGUUUCUCAAGUUGUCUCAGGAACCAGCAGUGCGCUGCUCAAAAAACUCCCAGAUCCUGUUCGAGAACAGGCGCUGGAUGUAAUCGUGCACGCUUGGCGAUAUCUUUUCGCUUGUGUGACUUUCGGGGCUGGAGCCAGCCUGCUCUCCGCGGUCUUCAUGGCAAACAAACGUGCCAACAUGGUAGCUGCUGCAGGCGGGGCUUGA